CCUGGAACGUGGGCGGGACUUCAGCGGAGUGAUGCAGCCGAGCGGUAUAGACGAUCUCUGCGGCGGCAGCUCGCUGGGUUAGAGUCAGUCAGAGCUGUUUAUCAGGCGGAGAAAGGUCCUAGUUUCCUGUCUGAUUCUGGGAGUCGUGAAGUAGCCAUGGCGUCAGGCCUGUCCAGUGUUGUUGCUGUGCUGGUUCUAUGUGCGGUCCUGGCCCCUUAUGUAUCUGCGGGGGACCGGGACUGUCAGGCCUACGGAGAUGACGAAUAUAUAAAAUGCAACAGAGGAUUUUGUUGUGGUUCCUGCCUCCACAGAUACUGCUGUCAGGAUAGUUUCUGGCGCUUUCCUGAGGAUAAACAAGAUGAUUGCCCUUAUUUGAAUCACUCCCCAUUGCCCAUGGUCUUCGGUGUUGGAAGCUUCGUCACCAUUUUGAUAAUCUUCAUCUGCUGCUGUGUCUGUCCAUGCUGCUGCCUGUACAAGGUGUGCCGCAAGCCACAACCUGUGAUAGCUACCACCACCCACACCACAGUUGUCACCAGCACCCCGCAGCAGUACCCCCAGCAGCCGACCGCCACACCAGGGAUGCCGCAGCAUUACCAGGGGGGCCAGUAUCCAGCCUACCAGCCUGUCCCGGUGCAGCCGGGUUAUGGAGCUCAGCCCAUGCCAACAUCUGGCUAUGGACAACCAUUCACAGCAGGACCCCCACCAACAUAUCAGGAAGCCACCGGUCCUGUCUACCCUCCCAACCCAAUGCCUUACAGCCAGGCUGCGUUCAGCCCCGGCCAGCCAGCGUAUCCUCUGCAGCCUCCGGCCCAUCCACAGCCUGCUGCCCAUCCACAGGCUCCUGCCCAGCCGCAGGCUCCUUUCCAGCCUCAGCCUCCUUUCCAGCCGCAGCCUAACGCUCCAUACCCGAACACAGACUUCCUCGCUCAGCCAGCGUACAACCCGGCUUUUGUUGCUCCACCUCCCAAGACAGGAUAAGGGACCACAGUGCCACACUCUCAGCCACUUUAAACGUGCUGCAACAUUUUGGAACUUGACAGAACUGGAAAUGUGUACGAAUGGAUCAAAGACUCUUGAGCGUCUCGAUUCAUGCGUUUUGGUGGUUAAAUAUGGAAAUAUUUUGACACACUUGUAGCUGUUGUAGUGAAUCUGUUCUGUUGAAGAGUAGCCAAGUGAAAAUGUUGAUGCCUCUCAGCUCGUAUUGCAUGGACGUACAAUAUACAAGUGGUGAGAUUGUUUGUUUGUUUUUUGUUUUUAAAUAUUUUUUAGAGGCUCCAUCUUAGUCAUCUUGGUAAAUUACACAUAAAACCACUGAGUCUGAUUUAAAAGAGUAGAUGAAGUGCUUUGAAAAUUUCCAGCCUUGCCUCAAAACCUCUCCUGGUUCCCGUCGAUACUGUGCACCGGCCGAAUCUGCCUGAUCUCAUUCAUCAUCUACAGCAAUUGCAGUCAGACUCAGCGGUCCGAUUGUGGAGGAGUUUUAGUACUCACGGCCGUAAUUACAUUGCUCUCUGCCAGUUUAUUUUACUUUUAUUUGUUUUACUUGGGAACAAGUCAACUCAAAAAUGUGUAAUCUCAGUGCAGGAUGUUUUAUGAAAAGGAUACAUGUGAUUGUCAGUUUAUGUCAAAAGAUGUUUAGGAGAAAGGGUUUUUAACCCUCGAGAAAGGGAAAAUUCAUCAUAUCAAGUCAACAAAAUAAGCCUCGCUCACAGGGAAAUUUUUAAGUGUUCGAGGACAACUACAAGGGAGAUUUUACGUGCAUUUUUUUGUCUCCUUUUUGUUGCUCAGGUUGUUGUCAUUCUUUGUUUUAAUCUUACAACACGUGUAACUAAGCUGAAACGCAUCAGCAGCUUUGAAUGAAAUAACCAAAGGAGAUUUAAAAAAAAAAAAUAUCAACCAAACAUCAACAAAUGUUAUACUUACAAAAUGCAAGAAACAAUUGUGCCUUCUUAGCCACGUUACUUUUAUCAAACUCAAGUGUACAUGUCAUUCACAGCUGUUUAAAAUUCCCUUUUCUACUUAUUUAUACACCUUUUGUCUGUUUCACACUUAAAAUUACCUUAACUGGCCUCUUUAUUCUGUAAUAUACUGCCUUUCAACUUUAGCUCCUUUAGUUACAACUCAAACUGUGCAUGUUAUGAAUCUUUAAAGGUCAUUGUUUUUUUAUUCCUUCCUGUGAUGUUUGCCUUGUCAAAUCCUUUUUUUCCCCUGGAGAUUGUUGUCACCGUUGCCUUUUAUGAGGUUAUUAGACAGAACCAGCAUUGCUGUUGAAUUUAAAUAAGUAGUCUGCAGUUGUGGAAGAAGUAUUCAGAUCCCUUGCGUAACAAAGAACGCACGUAAUAAUACCAAACUGAAAAUACUCCACUACAAGUAAGUCCUGAAUUCAAAACCUUACUGAAGUAAAACUACAAAAGUAAAAGCAUCAAAAUGUACUGUGUAUAAAAAGUAAACAUACUGAUUAUGCAGAAUGGUCCCACUCAGAUUGUUUUAUGUAUUCCAAAUACAUAAUCAGAUUAUUUGUAUUGGUCUGCCAUGAGGUUUCAUUCAAAAAAUCACUUUAAAUUGAUCUUGUUUUUUAUGUUAAAUAUUGACCUAAAAAGUAACUAAAGCUGGCAGAUAAAUGUAGUGGAGUAAAAAUAUUUGCCUCUAAAUGUAAAAGUUCCCCAAAAUUGUACAAAAGUACAGUAAAUGUACUUGUACCUGAGUACAUUUUCCACCACUGGUAGUCUCUUGUUUCUUUUAUCCAAAAACGAAACUUAUAAGCCUUCCUUAUUCUGCCUUGUUACUUCUGCUUUCUGCUGACUGAAAUAACUUGAAAAACCGUUAAGCAAGUGACCUGAUUCAGCUGAUAUUGAGGAAGUGGACUUGGACUGUGGUUGUGGUCAGGAUGGGAGGUGUUGCCAUAUAUAGGGAAAUACUGGUAUUAAUUUAAUAAAACACGUGAUUGUGUCCACACAUAGUAUAGUGUAAAUAAUCCACUUAAAUACUUUCAUCUGGUUUCUUUUUUAGUAUCCAUAAAUCAAUAAUUAUUAUUAACAGACACUCUCCACCUCCCUACUUUCAGACUUUGAGUGUAAUUAAUUUGCCCAAAUGCUAAAUAUAAAGAGGAAUUUGACUGAUAGAUUUUUUCCCCUUCAACUUCUCCUAUGGAUAGGACUGGGCGAUAUGGAGAAAAUCAAAUGUCACAAUAUUUUUUGACCAAAUACCUCAAUAUCAAUAUUGCAAUGAUUUUAGGGUAACUACAGGUGUUUUUACAAAUCAUUAACACAGGUUUCUGAUAAAUAACCAGUCAUGUGAAUGUAAUGACUAAGCAGGUAAAGGUUAAUAUUGCAGCCGUCUGGUAUAUAAAAAUACAUUAAUAUACUGUAUUGCAGCCUUUUAAACCGGGAAAAGACACGCCAUAUUGUGAUAUUAUUGUUCUGUUGGCCACAAUAAACAUGUUGUGAAAUUCUGAUAUCAUAGAUAGAUAGAUAGAUAGAUAGAUAGAUAGACAGAUAUUAUGACAGCCCUAGUACAUAAUCUAUUCCAUUUCAGCGGUUCUAGAAAGACCUUCAGUCAAAUCUAUGCAGUGGCUUAUUUCAGCUAAUGAAAGCUGCUGAAUGUCCUCAAAUAUCUUUGUAAUUUGCAAAGCAGUUAAUUUGUGGGGAAUGUGCAUGUGCUUUUUUACAUCGACCAGCUGAUUUGUGAGCUGUGUGCUUCCUCUGUUGUAAGCCUGCCUUUCUGUCUACUGUCUGGCUUUAUGAAUGUGCUCUGCCUUUUCAUUUCAGUCCUCUGGUCAGUGUUGUUUCUUCAAGAUGACUUUAGUUGGAGUGUUUUAUUCGUGUGUGUAUUAUAGCCAUUCGUGUUCUUUGUGGAAGACAUACCAGCAGAGAUUUAUUCUUGUUCCAUUUGUGCUUCUUGUCCAAGAAUAAUUGUCUUUAAUGCUACUUUGAGAAUAUAUAUGUACAUUACUUUUAUUUUGAUAAGAACCCGCCACUCCUUCUGUAGUGUUCAAUAAAGUAUAUAUUUUCUG